AAAGAUCCCUUUAUUUACCCCUCUGCUUCUCUAAGGAGCAGGCGGCUCCUGCCUGCUCUCUGCAGGGCUUCUCUCCCAUCAGUCACUCAGUAGGUAAUUUACAGCAGCACUGAUGCAUUUACAGACCAGAAGCACCUGUCCAUGGAAAUGGUGAAGAAUGCUCAGGUUUCUGUGAAUCAACAGUGGCCUAGAAAGCUGUUUCUCUUUUUGAGACACCAGGGAAAUCUGGGAGUGCAAAGACCUCAAGAAGGAAGCCUGGACAAACAGCUUUAGUUGGCUCAGUGAGGCGGAGGUUGUGAACAAACACAGCGGAUGUCUUCAUGUUCUUAAAGGCAGCAUUCUUCAACCAGCAAUAAGGCAUUUAAAGCAUAGGCAUCUGACAACCAUCAGAAGAACACCAUGGCAGAACCUGAGAAAAGAGUUGUAACUCAUGGGGUGAGAUGCUUUUCCAAGAUCAAGAUGUUCCUGUUGGCAUUGACAUGGGCAUUUGUAUCCAAAUCGCUAUCAGGAACUUACAUGAAUUCCAUGCUCACACAAAUAGAGAGACAGUUCGAUAUCCCCACAUCUAUAGUUGGAUUUAUCAAUGGGAGCUUUGAGAUUGGAAACCUUUUGCUGAUUAUAUUCGUGAGUUAUUUUGGAACAAAACUGCACAGGCCCAUCAUGAUCGGUAUUGGAUGUGUGGUUAUGGGCCUAGGUUGUUUCUUAAUAUCACUACCUCAUUUCCUGAUGGACCGAUAUGAAUAUGAAACAACGAUUUCAUCUUCAAGCAACUUGUCCUCAAACAGCUUCUUGUGUUCAGGAAACAGAAGUCAGACCUUAAUGCCAACUCAUGAUCCAGCAGAGUGUGUGAAGGAAAUUAAAUCAUUAAUGUGGAUAUAUGUAGUAGUGGGAAAUAUUAUCCGUGGAAUUGGUGAAACUCCCAUCAUGCCCUUGGGUAUUUCUUACAUUGAAGAUUUUGCCAAAUCUGAAAACUCCCCUUUAUACAUUGGGAUUUUAGAAACAGGAAUGAUCAUCGGUCCUUUGAUUGGACUUAUGUUGGGAUCCUUCUGUGCAAAACUUUAUGUAGACACUGGGUCUGUAAAUAUAGAUGACCUGACCAUAACUCCCACUGAUACGCGCUGGGUCGGUGCUUGGUGGGUCGGCUUUUUGAUCUGUGCAGGAGUGAAUAUCCUGACCAGCAUCCCCUUUUUCUUUUUUCCCAAAACACUCCCAAAGGAAGGAUUAGAGGAUAAUGCAGAUGUGACUAAAAGCGACAAAGAAGAGAAACACCAAGAAAAAGCCAAGGAGGAAAAACGUGGAAUCACUAAAGAUUUCUUGCCAUUCAUGAAGAGCCUCUCCUGCAAUCCAAUUUACAUGCUUUUCAUCCUUAUAAGUGUGCUCCAGUUCAACGCAUUUAUCAAUUCAUUUACCUUCAUGCCUAAAUACCUGGAACAGCAAUAUGGAAAAUCGACUGCAGAGAUAGUCUUUCUCAUAGGUCUUUAUAAUUUACCUCCAAUAUGUGUCGGAUAUUUAAUUGGUGGCUUGAUUAUGAAGAAGUUCAAGAUUACUGUCAAGAAAGCUGCAUACAUAGCAUUCUGCCUAUCCCUGACUGAGUACCUUCUAUCUUUCUUUAACUUCAUGAUGGCCUGUGAUAACUUCCCAGUUGCCGGCUUAACCACCUCUUAUGAAGGAAUUCAGCAGCCUUUGUAUGAGGAUCAUAAGGUGCUUGUUGACUGCAACACAAGGUGUAGCUGCUUAAAUAAAACAUGGGAUCCAGUGUGUGGAGACAACGGCCUAUCGUACAUGUCAGCCUGCCUUGCAGGCUGCGAAAAGUCUGUUGGAACAGGAAUCAACAUGGUGUUUCAAAAUUGCAGCUGCAUUCAGUCUUCAGGAAAUGCAUCUGCUGUCCUUGGACUGUGUAACAAAAGCCCUGACUGUACUAUCAAGCUGCAGUACUUCUUAAUCGUGUCAGUAUUUGGCUGUUUCAUCUACUCACUAUCAGCCAUACCUGGGUAUAUGGUUCUUCUGAGGUGUAUCAAGUCUGAAGAGAAGUCACUUGGAAUUGGAUUACAUGCAUUUUGUACAAGAAUAUUUGCGGGCAUUCCGGCUCCUAUUUACUUUGGUGCCUUGAUAGACAGAACCUGUUUACACUGGGGAACUCUGAAAUGUGGUGAGCCAGGGGCAUGCAGAAUGUAUGAUAUCAAUAACUUCAGGCGUAUUUACCUUGGGUUGCCAGCAGCUCUAAGAGGAUCAAGUUUCAUUCCAGGAAUCUUCAUUCUAAUACUUAUGAGGAAGGUCCAACUCCCUGGGGAAAUUGACUUUGCAGAGACUGAACAUCCAGAGAUGAAGCUCACAGAAAAGAAAGACGAGCACAAGGAUGUGCACGGAAGUCCUGAGGUUGAGAACGACAAAGAACUGAAAACAAAGCUGUAAUAAGGUUUCCACUGACAUGCCCAAUUCCAUGGAGAGCGUGUGCAUCUGGUUCUUUUGAACCUACAGUACCUCAUGAGAGCUGUACUAUAGGGACUCAUCUUAUCCUGAAGAACCUCAAAAAUUAUUUUGCUCAUGAUGAAAAUAUUUACUGAUAGCAUUUUCAUAACAUUGGGGUAGUACUUAAGAUUUUCCCAGGGAAGACUAUGGUGACCCCACACUGAAUUUUAAAGCUGCCUUCAUUUUCAAACGACAUUUUCUCUUUUAACUCAAUCAAAGCAAUUGCGUGUUUCUCACAUAUCUGCAAAUAGUGUUAAAACUUGCCCAUUCUUGAGACACUAUUCAAUUUUAUUGAAUUUAUGCUGCAAUGUUGGAGAUAUUUAGAAUUGAAAAUUUAUAUAUUGGUUGUGUUACAUUGAAAUAAUUUGUUCAAAUGUAUCUUUUCUAUGUUCAAGAUGUAUGAGUACCUUUUUUUAUCUAGAGUUAUAAACUCUCUCUUUUUGUAUUCUACAAAUGAUGCUUCCAAAAUUAGACUUCUCAUUAAUGUGUCAUCUGCUGUUUUCACCCCAUUAUUGCAUUACUCAUAUCAUACAUUUGAUUAUUUUGUUUAGAGCACUGAAAUAUUUAAUCAUGUUAUUUAAAAUCAUGUAGCAAGGAUGCCCAGAAUUCUCCCUAGCAAUUAAAAUAUGGUAAUGGAACUCUUUUUUAAAAGCAAUAUUUGAGAAAGCCAAUCCUUUGAGACUGUAUGGCUUUGGCACAAUGCUAACCUAGAAUGUGGGAGACCCUGUGUUCAACAAUAAGGUAAACUACUGAUAAUACAAUGAAAUAUAAAAUAAAGUAAAAAGCAA